UUUCGAAGGCAUCGGCGAUGGUACAGUGGGCGCUCUUCUGGGGAUGUAUGCUGACGGGGUUUGCGCCGGUAUCGUUCCUGUUCCUGACAGUGGUGGCCCAGCGCGCGCAGCUCGUGAUCUUGUCGAUCACGGCUGCGUUCUUCUAUCUCCUCGGUCUUCUCGUGGCAGCAACGUUGUGGAGUGUAAUUCCCCCGCUCCAUGACUCGAUCCACGCGACAAUCCCGGUCGCCAUACUUGUCCAAGAGUUGUUUCGUUAUGCAUUCUUUGUUGUGUACAUUCGCUGCGAACAAGCUGUGAAGCGUGUGACAACCAAGCAAAACCAAUUGCCGCUGAAUGACCUCACUUCGUCGUUUGCAUCGGGCGUGGGCUUUGCCCUCAUGCGUGCGCUGAUGUUGUAUGGUACGGUUCUUGCGUCGAGUAUGGCGGGUGAAGGAGCUGCGUUUACCGCUACGUGCCCGCAGAUUCCGCUCGUGUUUGCGUCAGCACUUUCUACCUUGGCGCUGACGUUGAUGGAUAUCGCGCUCAUGAUCCUUGCGUUCGAAGGCUAUCGCAAGCGCUCUGCCACCCAUAUCGUGGCCGUUGUGUUGUUGCAUCUGGGAUCGGGUUUGUCGAACAUGCUCAACCUCAACGAAGUUGGAUGUACCGCCUCCAUCCCGCUCACAUAUGUCGCGGCCCUUCUCGCCAUCUUUGCAGCCACGGUCAGUGUCAAGCGGUCGUCGCCGUCGUUUGCGUCGUAAGCACGUCAAGUCGGCGGCUCCCCAGCUUUGUCACAUCCAAUGUAAAUUGGAUAUAUGUAUCAGCUCUUCACUCUUCC